ACGACCCCUCAAUGCAACACUGCAUUCAAUGCAUUGCAUGUCAACAAUGAGUUCAUAAGAUAUUUACCACCACUUCAGCCAUGAUUUCACGGAUCAGUUGAUCACCACAGACACCAACAAUGUCACAAAUGGGAAAAAUGAAAGCCUUUUCUCUGACCACUUCCUCGUCAGUGAAGAAAGUGUUGGGAAAGAAAGAUAUCGAGAAACAGAAGAAGAUCGCCGAAGAAGAGGCGGCCGCUAAG